GUAAGGAUGAAAAGGACCGAAAAUUCUGCACUGCUGUAACUCCGAGUGAGAGACCAAAUACAGCUGACAUCAGUGGUAGCAGUCAGGCAUGAUCAGAAAUGCAUAAAAUGCACCUUAAGAAAAUAUUCUAAAAACAUAUUUUGAGUGCAUGGGGUACAUAGGUGGGUCCGGUUUUGGGAUCGACGGACAUCGACACUGCACUGGAGGUAUUUUUUAAACUCAGGAUGCCACUGAGCUGCACUACUGAUGGGACCACCAGUGGUGGUAGCCGGGUGCUGCAACUGGCCAUUAGGGGUGAAUGGAUAACUCUGGAGCAAGUUCUGAAAGGCAUGGAAAAGGGGGACCCGGAGCUGAUCUCCGUCGCCGAGGAGGAAUCUGGCUUAACACCAUUAAUGAUGGCUGUACGUGAGAAUAGAAUAUCAGUUGUGGAGAGACUGUACGAACUGGGCCUCACGUUAACAGACAGGACUAAAGAUGGCCACACUGUGUUACAUAUUGCUGCUGCUCACUCCAAGGAUGAUAUUGUUCGGUUUCUCCUUUCAAAGAAGGCAGACCCUAACGCUACAGGAGGGCCAAAUGACCAGUUACCUCUGCAUUAUGCAGUGGCUCGUCCAGCUGCAGCUCUCGGUGUCAUCCAAACAUUACUGAAAGCCUCUCACAAGGAUGCAAGGUUGGCAAAGGACAAAGAUGGGUGCAUUCCUUUGUUUUUAGCAGUGGAAGCUGGAAAUAUCAUAGCCUGUAAAGAACUUCUAUCAGUCAAUACUGAAGCCCAGCUUGGAUCACAAAGAAAGGAAAAUGGGGACACAGUUUUGCAUGCCUGCUGCAGAAAAAAAGAUUUGGAGAUGAUGAAGCUGCUUAUCGAACAUGGGGCCAACUUUGAGCUUCAAAACGAUGAAGGACAAACACCACUACAUAUUGCAGCUUGGGAGGGAGAUGAACUUCUGCUAAAGUUCUUCUACCAGUGCAAAGCUAAUCCAAACAUUGUUGACAAGUUUGACAGAUCCCCGUUACAUAUUGCAGCGGAACGAGGUCAUACAAAUGUCGUUGAAAUCCUAACAGACAAAUUUAGAUCCAAUGUCCUUGCUAGAACCAAGGACGGAAGCACCUUAAUGCACAUUGCUUCUCAGUAUGGCCAUCCUGAAACGGCACUGGCUUUUCUGAAGAAAGGUGUACCUCUGCACAUGCCCAACAAGUCAGGAGCAGUGUGCUUACAUGCAGCUGCCAAGGGUGGUCAUACUGCUGUAGUAAAGGCUUUACUGCAGAAAGGAGCACAUGUAGAUGCCAAAACCAAGGACAACUACACAGCACUACACAUUUCUGUGCAGCACUGCAAGCCACUUGUUGUGCAGACUCUCUUGGGAUUUGGAGCACAACUUCAAUUAAAAGGAGGCAAGGCAGGUGAGACACCUCUGCACAUUGCAGCAAGGAUUGCAGAAGGAGAAAAGGUGGCAGAGAUGUUGUUAAAAAGUGGAGCAGAUGUCAACUUAGAGCAAGAGAAUGGGGAGACUGCCAUGCACAUUGCUGCUCGAUACGGUAACCUAAAAAUGAUUCAAAGCUUAAUUGAAGAGGGUGGAGACCUUACAAGGCAGUCAAAGGUGGGAGAGAACCCUCUGCAUAUUGCAGUCCGACACUGUCAUCUGCACUUGGUAGAAGAGAUCCUGACUUACCUAGCCAAUGAGAAGAAUCAUUCAGAAGCAGUGAUGUGUGUUAACCAAGAGAAUGAGGUAGGAGAGACACCUCUACACCUGGCUGCAGCAAUUAAAAAAGACAUGAUCCCUUCUGAUGAAGAAGACAUCAGGAUUAUUCGAAUUCUCAUGGACUAUGAUGCAGACAUCAAUGCAGCCAGUAGACUGACAUCUGAGACUCCUUUGCACUAUUGUGCCCGUGUUGGAAACAAAGAGGUUCUCCUUGAAAUCCUGAAGCAUAUUCCUGCCAACAGAAUGCAAUUGUCUAUCAACAAACAAGCAAAGAAUGGCUGGUCUCCACUCCUGGUAGCAGCAGAGCAGGGCCACACAGAAAUUAUUAAACUCCUCUUACAAAACCAUGCCCGAGUUGAUGUCUUUGAUGAGCAUGAUAAAGCAGCCCUGCACCUUGCUGCUGAGAAUGGCCAUGAUCAGAUAGCAGAUAUCCUCCUGUGGCAUAAGGCUUUUGUCAGUACAAAAAACAAACUUGGUCUGACACCCUUGCAUCUUGCUGCACAGAAUGGCUACAACCAACUGGUCAAGCUGCUGGUAGAGACGCACAUGGCCAGCAUUGAUGCCAUGUCCCUGACCAAGCAGACGCCAUUGCAUCUGGCAGCUUUAAAUGGCCAGCUAGAUGUCUGCAACAGCUUACUAAAGAUGAAGGCUGAUGCAAAUGCCACUGACAUUCAUGGCCAGACUCCAUUACAUCUGGCAGCUGAGAAUGACCACUCAGAGGUGGUGAAGUUAUUCUUGAAGCAGAAUCCUGAACUUGUAACUUCUGCAAACGUGGAGGGUUCUACAUGUGCACACAUUGCUGCCUCCAAAGGAAGUGUAGCUGUUAUUAAAGAGCUGCUGAAAUUUAAUAAAGUUGGAGUUACCAGUGCACGGAACAAGACCAAUGAUUCCACACCUCUUCACAUAGCUGCAUCUGGAGGUCAUGCUGCUGUUGUAAAGGUUUUGCUAGAGGCUGGAGCGUCUGCUUCAGAUGAAAAUGCUGAGGGCAUGACAGCUGUUCAUCUAGCAGCUAAAAGUGGACAUGUUUGUGUCUUAGAAGCACUGAAAUGUAGCAUAUCCUUCAAAAUAUUCAGCACUAAGACUGGAUUGACGGCUCUUCAUGUGGCAGCCCAUUUUGGCCAACUUGACUUUGUAAGAGAAAUGCUUACUAAGGUAUCAGCUACCAUAUGCAGUGAAGUGCAAAAAAGUGGCUGUGAGGGGCAGCAACUGAAGGAGCAAAGUUGUGAGUCAGGGUACACUCCUUUGCACUUAGCUGCUCAGUCUGGACAUGAAAGUUUGGUUCGACUAUUGUUGAAUUACCCAGGAGUGCAGGCUGACACACAAACUAAUAUACAGGGAUUCACCCCACUCCACCUUGCUGCCCAGAAUGGACACAUUGCUGUUGUUGGGCUUCUUCUGAGCAAAUCAACUGCACUACUGCAUCUUAAAGACAAGCGAGGGAGAACAUGCCUCCACCUAGCUGCUGCCAAUGGCCAUACUGAGAUGAUGAGAGCUCUGCUUAGUCAGGGAGCAGAGAUUAAUGUCACUGAUAAGAAUGGUUGGACUCCUCUUCAUUUUGCGGCAAAGUCUGGUUACUUAGAUACAGUCCGUUUCCUGGUGGAUAGUGGUGCUUCCCUAAAGAUUGAGUGUAAAAGUGGACGUAUAGCCAUACAGUAUGCUGCUGCAGAUAGCCAUCAUGACGUAGUGAGCUUUCUGCUUAAAAAGAACAUGAACAAGAGCACUCAGAAGCUGACAGAAGACAGAAAGUUUGUCUUUGACCUAAUGGUAUGUGGAAAGCUGAACAAUAACAAGGUAAUUGAAGAGCUUAUUCUUUAUUCUUCUGCACCUUUGGACACUGCAAUCAAAUUAUCCCGAGCAUUUAGUAUCACUGCCAUGAAAGAGAAGGAAAGAUUCAUGGACCUACAGAAUGCUUCAAGAUACUGUGAAAAUAUUGCUGUGGAACUGCUCACUGUUGUAUCUGGGAGUAAAAGUGCUGGCUAUCUUCUGCAAGCUGUAGACCACAGAGGCACCACUGUGCUAGAUGCUGCCAUUGAGUGUGAGCAGAAGGAUGUAAUAGCACAUCCAGCAGUGCAGACAUACUUAACUGAAGUCUGGUAUGGCAGUCUUAAGUGGGCACCUUGGAAAAUCGUUCUGCUGUUUUUCUCUUUCCUGUUCUUUCCACCAGUAUGGAUGCUAUUCUCCCUGCCACUAAGACACAACUUCAACAGAAUUCCAAUCAUGAAGUUCAUGAGUCACCUGGUUUCACACAUCUUCUUACUUCUACUCUUCAUCUUAACCAUUGUCUAUCCGCCGCUGAACCCCAUCUACAAGGAACAGCUGCUUCCAUUUUGGAAUGAAUGGCUGCUUUUGGCUUGGCUGUUGGGAAUGUUUGUGUCAGAACUCACACACCCUGGAGAAAGAGCUGGGCUUGCAUGGAUUAGGGUGUUUAUCUUGGGAUUUUCAAUGAUUGCUUUCUUUUGCCAUGUUAUUGCAUUUUUAUUUGAAAGAAGUGAUGCUCUACAUUGCCUUUUUGCUAGGAACAUAUUUCUGUCAGUGGCGAUGACACUCUGCUUUGCUCAGUUCUUGGAGUUCCUUACAUUUCAUCAUCUCUUUGGGCCAUGGGCUAUUAUUAUCAGAGACCUUAUGAAAGACCUGACUCGUUUUGCAGUGAUUCUUGCUUUAUUUCAUUUAGCAUUCACCAUGCACCUGUCUGCUGUGUACCAGCCAGUUUAUCCAGAAAAUAUGGUUGAUGAUUCCUCAUUAAGAAAUGAAUCUCUGCUUGCAGAAAAUGAGUCCAAUAUUCAAGAUCCAGUUAAGAUUACAGUUAUUUUGUUUUUCUCUUUAUUUGGACUUGUGGAACCUGAUAGCCUUCCACCACCUAACAGGACACCAUCUUUUACAUUUGUUAUUAUUCGUUUUGUGUUUGGAGUCUACCUGGUGGUAACUUUCAUUGUGUUGAUAAAUUUACUGAUUGCAAUGAUGAGUGACACUUACCAAAGGAUCCAGGCUAAGUCUGACACUGAGUGGAAGUUUGGGAGAGCUGUGCUGAUCAGAGACAUGACAAAGAAGUCUGGUACACCUUCUCCUUUCAACCUCUUCACCAACCUGAUAUUUUACAUCAAACUCUUAUGCAAGCACAGAGGUAAACUUUGCUCAGCAGAAGGACGAAAUCUCAUGACUGAAGAGGAAAAUCCUGAUGUUCUUUCUGAUACUCACUCUAUUGACCUUCUAGCACAUACCUCAAUGGGCUGGGUACAGUCCACAGCAAAGAAGCCUACACAGGUGUCACCAGAAGUGAAGCGUAGUGCAGCUUAUAUGAAUGACAAUUUGUGUGAAUGGCUAACUGAGCGACUUCUGGAUUGGUUGACAUCAGUGAAUGGCUUUUUGUGA